AUGUCUGUGCUGAUGCUGCUGCUGGUGCUGUUUGUUGUCGUUAUGAAAAAGAAGAAGAAUAAAAAGAAGAAGAAGAGGAAGAAGAAGAAGAAGAAGAAGAAGAAGAAGAAGAAGAAGAAGAAGAAGAAGAAGCAGGAGAAGAAGAAGAAAAAAAUGAAGAAGAAGAGGAAGAAGAAGAAGAAGAAGAAGAAGAAGAAGAAGAAGAAGAUAAUGACGAUGAUGACAACGAUGAUGAUGAUUCCCACCUAUCUCAAUUUCAAUUUACUUUUCGCUACCUCCUCAAUAUCCGGAUGUCCGGAUUUGAUCCCACCUUACAACGCUACAGCCCAGAGGAGAGCCGACAAGACGACCAUCAAAUGCAACCACAGCGAUCUGACGUGGGACCUCCAGUGUAAAAAUAAUUCAUGGAUCGGCGAUAACAACUACAACUGCAACCAAGGUUUGUUUCGUUUCGUAUCGGGGAUUGUACAGAACAAGGCUGCAAUUCGUGGAAGCUGGGAGAAUGGCGACAAUGCAGUGCGGAAGUGGGUUAAACAAGGAAAAUUUCUUCAUAGUGACUUCACCGAAAUGAUGUGGCAGUGGUUUUGCGAUAGUCAACUUCGAAAUUCGCCUAUCAGUGGUCGCAUGAUCCAAGAGGAUCGUCUCGAUCAUUGA